UCGAUUCAGACGCACUACUAAAUCUCGAAAUGAUGUUUACAAAUAAAGAAGCACAACUCCGAUUACAAUUCAAAUACAUUGCAAAUACCAUUAAUUACCCAUUCAUUGACUUCCAAACCUCCAAUGACACACCAGCUCUAGUGAUGUCAAAAACAUCGAUAUUCCUCCAAGUUUUUGUAUCGACAAUUAUUUCGGUGAAAUCGGAAUAUGUGAGGCAUAGGGAUAACAUUUUAAACAAAGGUGUAUGGAUAAAAGCUGAUAACGACAAAGUAUUCGAGAAAUCGGGUUUCUCAGAUUUCAUCUUCAAGCCAGCAUCGGUUAACGUUGAUGAUUUGUUUGAAGACGAUUUUUACUCAUUUCACGGCGGUCGCCAGCAGGAUAAUCCGUUUUCUACGAACUAUCUUGACAGGACGAAACGGUCCCCGGACUUAUUCGAAGAUGGAUUUCGAGAAAGUCUAAGCGGUUGCAAUGGCAAAGAUUGCGAUCCGAAACACUCCCCUAAUAACAAACCAAUAAUAAAAUCUAAAUUUACACCAACACACAGAAAUUCUGAAUCAUUUUACCCUUACGAUGUAGCUGUAUUGCUGAGCAAAGCAAAGAACAACAAUAAGAUUAUGCUCGAAGAAGUAUUCGACAAAUCUACAGAACUAAACGGCAUAGACGAAACAGAAUAUAUAUCGAAUGAAACCAAUCACUCGAAUAGAACGUUUGAUUUCAUCAUGGCAAAUGAAAUUUUAGACGAUAACGCUAAUAACAAUUCAUCUGUGCCACCGAAACGUAGCAUGAAUAAAAAUUACGAAUCGGAACUCAUUAAAAAGAUCGAGAUAGUGGAAGGUUUCAAUGAUUCACAGAAAUAUGACAGAAAUAUAUUUGAUGAUAAAAUAAGAAGUUGGCCUGUAAGUGUACCGGGACCUGACGUGAAUGUUUAUAAAGUUAUACCAAAAUCUGAAGAACACACAAUCGUUUCCGAAAAGAGUUUGCUCAAACUACUGUCGAUACUGACCAAAACAUUCAAAAAGAUAAUGAAACAGCAUUUAGAAAUAAAAAGGAUACACAGUGAAAUGUUCGCAGGAAAAGAAGAUAUAGAUAAGAGUGUGACACUUUUAAUUACUAAGUUCAAUGAUUUUGAAACUAGAUACACAGACUUAAAAGAUUACCAUGAAAAAAUACAAGAAAUACAAAAGAAAUUGGAAUCCAAAGAGGAAUAUUUUAAAAAUAAAGAAACAGAAAUGUCCAACAAUCUCGCGGACUUUGAAAAUCAACAAAAGAAAUUCUUGACUCAGCAACGUCAGUUUUAUAACAUACAAAAAUUGAUGCUCGCACAAAAUGAAAAGAUUAAUGCUAAGCAAAGUAUGAUAGCUAAAACUCAGAAUGAAAUAUCUCGGAGACAGAACAAUUUCGCUAGAAUUUUAAAGAAAGCAAAACAACUAUUUACAGAUAAAAAACCUUCUAAACCAAAAUCACAGGAUAAAAUUACUAAUACUAGCGAAGCUGAUGUCAGUGUAGUCGCUCAAACUACGACUGCAAAGCCCGAUCUAACAGAAUCUGUAAAAAUAGAUUUGUUCUCCAUACCAUCUAUGGAUUCUAUUCGUCUCCUAAAUCAAGAUCAAAUGAUUCUAAAAGAAAAAGACGAACAUCCAGUUGAUGAUCUAGUCUAUAAGUAUUAUUUUAACAAUACAUUCAUAGACAACUUAAUGAAAAAUCAAAUAAUGUCUGGAACUUUACAUGGAAACAGAUUCAUGACUCGAAAUGCAAAAGCAAAAAGAAAUGGCGGUAAGAAAAUUAAGUCAACUGUUUUAAUACCUAUCGAUAAUAACGCUUUAGAUACCAAAGUAGCUGAAACAAAUGGUAAUAAAAACAGUAGAGCCAAGAGAUGGAUACGUCAUCAUUCGAAAGGAAAAUCUAGAAGGAGACACCGCAAAAUGACAACAGAAUAUGAAAUGAAAGAUGAGAAAAAAUCUCACCCGAACGCAAAUUUAAUAGAGUACAGUACAGAAAAGAUUAAAGCAACGACAACUGUUAUACCCAAUAAAAACGUGCCGGAAAAAGCAGCACAAGCUAAUAUAAUAAAGACAUUCAAGACACUGGACAAAUUGGCGGAGUCUGUCGAGAGACAUUUGAAUCCGUUCACGACUAUGGCGGCGAAUUUUUGCAACCAAAUAGGUCAGAAUGGUAACCCGCAAAUGUUAAGCUGGUGCAUAGAGAAAGUUUUAAGAAAACUGCAAAAUAUUGAAAACAUACCCGUAGCAGCGACUAUACAGCGGUCGCCAUCAACAUCUGUUCCCACAUCUAAAGAUCAUCAGCAGACAAUCCAACAGACUGUGACAACUCCGGUUACAAAUAUACCCAAACACCAACAACCAACAACUCCAACCACUAUUACAAACAAACCUACAGACGCCACACAAACUCCAAUAGCAGCAAACCUUGGGACUGUAUAUUUCUUCUCACCAGUGACACUUUCUCCUUCCACGCCGUCUCAAAUGGUGACACAAGUGAACACCGAAGUUCCCAAAACAACAGCCACAAGCGAAACAACAUCAACAACUUCAGCAUUCUUCCCAGAUAAUGACGAAUUAGAAUCUAACCUCAAACAGUUCGAACUAACAACUGACGAUGAGGGAACAGUGUUUUAUGACGGUAGCUUGCACGCUAGUGAUGUACUUGGUCGUGGAGACAGCGAUGGUUUCUCAGACAUGAUGCCUGGUCUCGACAGCAAUUCUAGGAUAGCAAUCGAUCCCUUGAACUACGACCUGCGAUCUAUAAGGCGGGCUUCAUUUAGAAGGGUGAAAGACAACACGAAGCUAAAGAAGAAGGGAAUCGUAUAAUAUUGACUCAGUUAGAAAAUAAGCGUCAUAAGUAAUAUACAUUUCAAAUUUAAAAACAAACUCGGAACUUUUUGGUUCUUAAAAUAAAUUAUCCACGUAUGCAAUUUCGAUUACGUAAUUUUUUAUUUUAUUAAAUUUGUCGAAAGUUACAGGAAUCAUCGAUUAUUUUAUUUAGCAGUCAAAUAGUUUUGCCUACUAAGUUUCAUUAAAAACAAUGUUUACAUUUAUACCAAAAUUUUGUCUUUCAGAAACUUUACUCUUUAUUUUAAAUAAUUAUUAAGAUCUCAGAAUUGACAUAUGAAUAUCCCGAUAAAUAUGUGAAGCUUUAGACUGUUUUUAUAUUAUUAUGAAAUCACAAAACUAUUAUUAAAAAAUGAUAUUUAGACAUUUAGUUGUAGAAAAUUAAGAUAUAUUUAAGGUAAUUUAAGUUUAUUGAACAAAAACGUAAUUUUGUCAUUGUAAACUUACACAAUCGAACGUAAUAA